AUGGCAUUGGUGAGUAGCAAACUGCUUCAAGUACUCACUUACAUAUAUAUCUCCUCGAGACUGCGUAGUUACAUUUUUUUUCUUUUUGUACUUCCUUUCCCCGCUUCUUCCUCCCGCCUCCCGCAGACAAGGCAUUUGCGACUGCCGCCAUCCACGACAGACCAACACAGACACUUCUCUCACGCCAUGCGCCGUCCACUCCGCGCCGCACUGCCGCUGCUGCUGCUCCUCCUCGCGACGACGUGUUGCGCCGGUGGGUGCCUCGCCGCUGCACACCGCCGUGCGCUCGACGAGGCGGCGAUGAAGAGCGGCCCGCCGCCGACCGCGAUGGUGCGUGAGGUGCCGCGCAAGGGGGAGGGCGCGGCGCAGGCGUACACCGUCGCCGCAGCGGGCGAGGGCAAGGAGUGGGAGCCCAUCCGCAUCGUAGUGUCGAUGGAGGAUCUGAGCGACGCAAGUAAGUACU